AUGGAUGCUCUAACAAACCUUUCGCGGACAUUUCCAACUUUUCUGCUCCUUUUAUGGCUCCUCUUCAGCACCUCUCUUGGGCAAAAUGAUCCAGUCAAGAACUUUUGUCGGAGAUGGGGUCAUCAGUCAGCCGUAGUGGAUCGAAAGCUAUACAUCGAUGGUGGUUUGAUCAACUACCAGGAUGCGACGAAUAACCUGACCAACACAUUCCUCUCCUUCAAUGACCUCGACGCCGUAAACAGCGGCGGAAUGCCCCCGUUUUACGCCAACCUUUCCAAGAACGACACGAUUCCCAGCGUCAACGGAGGCAUUUUAUGGGAAGACUCAGUCAAUAAACGACUUUAUCUUUACGGCGGCGAAUCCUAUAGCUCUCCUCCUCUCCCCUUCGAUCUCUACAGCUACGAUAUCCUCUACAAUCAAUGGGUGUCGUUUGGAUCUCCCCCGCGGGAAGUCCAAGCAGCUAGCUAUGGAGCUGGUGUUUCGAUCUCGUCAAGAGGGGAAGCGUACUACUACGGGGGCUGGCUAAGUAAUGCAUCUAUUGAAGGCUGGUCGGGUCCGCCGAGAGCCUCAAAUGGCUUGAUCAAGUAUGAGAUGGAUUCGAAUACUUGGAGUAAUAUGACAGGGCCGGAUGAUACAGGACGAGCAGAGGGAGCUAUGGUAUUUAUUCCAGUUGGAGAUGGCGGAAUGUUGGUAUACUUUGGGGGCGCUCAAGACUUAUAUGGCAAUGGAACCUUGACGCCUCAGCCUUUGAAUGAGAUUUUCCUGUUUGAUGUUGCGAAUGCGAAAUGGUAUACGCAAAAGACAUCAGGGAAUACCCCCAACAAAAGACGUCGCUUCUGCGGCGGUGCGACCUGGGCGAAAGAUCAUUCAAGCUACAAUAUUUACAUCUAUGGCGGCGGAGGUUUCCCGCCAGAUACAACAGGCUAUGAUGAUAUCUACAUCCUCACCAUCCCGAGCUUCCAAUGGAUCAGAGGCCCAUACCCAACCUACCGCAACGGCACCGGAGCCUUUCCCAAGAGCAUGAUGAGCUGCAACGUAGUCGACGAUGCGCAAAUGCUCGUCAUAGGAGGCACCUACUCCAACGCCACAGACAAAGUUUGCGACGUGCCGAUUAUCCAGGGCACACACAACAUGAACCUGGGCAAGCAGAACAAAGACGAUGCAAUCUGGGCAAUGUAUCAGCCCAACCUGACAACCUACAUUGUGCCCAUUGACAUCCGAACGGCUGUUGGGGGCAGUUCCGCUGGUGGCGCGACCAAGACAACGCCCGUCAGCGGAUUUGACGCUCCAGACUUGGCUGUGCAGAUGGAGAGGACGGCUGCGUCUGGGACAAGGACUGCAACACGCGCAACUGAUACAGGCACCAAAAAGACUGCGCCGCCAUCUCACACGAGCAAGCCAUCUUCAGGACUCAGCACUGGAGCAAUAGCGGGAAUUGCCGUUGGGUGCGGUGUGGCGUUCAUCCUUGCGCUGGUAGGAUUUGGCGUCCUUAUCUACCGGCGUCGGAAGUACUACAGCCAGAAUCACGGUGUGGCGGCGCCACCACCACCACCGCGGCAUGAUAUGGCUGUCAGUGGUCCAACUGGUUGGGUGUCCCCUGUAGCUCCGUCUUAUAGCGGAGGGCAGACGUGGCCUGCGAGUCCGCCGUCUGAACUGACGAGUGAGCAUCGAUCGCCUGAUAUGCAUCAGAGGACGACUCCCAAGAAUGAAUUUCAGGUUACUGGUGGCGCUGAGGCGGGUCCGCCAGCUGAGUUGGUGGGUGAGGGGAAUAUGCAUGAGUAUCACUAUCACGAUGGACUGUCACCGUCGGAGGGGACUUCGCCUCGCAAUGAGUGGACGAGAGAACAGUAG